AGCUUUUUUUCGGUAAUCGUGAAAGUCGCGGUUUCGAUUAUAGGUUUUCGAGUCUGCAAAGACAUCAAGCUUUUUAGUUUCUUCCUUCUUUUGGAAGCGACUGAAUUUGUAUGGAUUUCGUGGAGGCUCAACUUUAGUAACUUCAGCAUAUCAAAUUUGAACUUUCGAUAGUUCAACCCAUUAAAUGAUUGGGGAACGAUGAGUGUCAAAUAUUGAUCUUGAUGUGAUCGGGGGAUGUCUAAUAAUGCUUUUGUUAGUUUCUUUGACACUUAAAACCACCAACGCAAUGAGAGCAUAACUCGCAACGAAAGGUUCUAGUUUGAUUCCAAUGUGAAAUUGAACAAAUUUACCUAAUACAUUAAAACUGACAGAAUAAAUAGAUGAAUAUUGGAAGCAUGUUUGAGUUAACAACAUUUUAGAACCACUCGGCAAUUAAUCAGUGUGGUUAUUGAUGUGCGAAGAGCUGUGUGGUGUUUCUUACUUAUUCUCACUUUAAAGUUUUGAUGAGGUAGUUGUAAUAGUGAAUAGUGAUAAAUUGAGCAGUGAUUUGCGUUCUUCAGCAUAAGGCAUGGUUAGCAGCAGUGAGGCGUUUGAGAUAAACAAGGCGGCUGCCAGUCGUGACUACAUUGGCCAGCCCCGUUUGACCUACCAGACUGUGACUGGAGUCAACGGACCCCUCCUCAUCCUAGACAAGGUCAAAUUCCCCAAGUUUGCAGAGAUUGUGAACAUUUACCUACAAGAUGGAUCAAAACGGACAGGACAGGUCUUGGAAGUGUCCGGAUCAAAAGCUGUUGUACAAGUGUUCGAGGGCACUAGUGGCAUAGAUGCGAAAUACACCAAGUGUGAGUUCACUGGUGAGAUCAUGAAAUUCGGAGUCUCCGAGGACAUGUUGGGCAGGAUAUUCAACGGGUCAGGCAAACCCAUAGACAAAGGCCCAAAUGUACUAGCAGAGGCCUACCUUGAUAUAAUGGGUCAGCCUAUCAAUCCCUACUCCAGAGAAUACCCUGAGGAGAUGAUCCAGACUGGCAUAUCGGCCAUAGACACCAUGAACAGCAUCGCCAGAGGGCAGAAGAUUCCCCUAUUCUCGGCCGCCGGUCUCCCCCACAAUGACGUCGCCGCCCAGAUCUGCAGACAGGCGGGGUUAGUGAAGAGUGAGGGCAAGGAGGACGAGGACUUCGCCAUAGUGUUUGCUGCAAUGGGAGUGCCCAUGGAGACUGCCAGGUUCUUCCGAGAGGACUUCGUCCAGAAUGGGAGUAUGGAGAACGUGUGUCUGUUCUUGAACCUGGCCAAUGACCCCACCAUUGAGAGGAUCAUCACUCCCCGACUUGCCCUGACUGCGGCAGAGUACCUGGCCUACGACAGGGGAAAGCACGUGCUUGUCAUUCUCACAGACAUGUCCUCCUACGCAGAGGCACUCCGAGAGGUAUCAGCUGCGCGUGAGGAAGUACCUGGUCGUCGUGGUUUCCCAGGAUACAUGUACACGGACUUGGCCACUAUCUACGAGAGAGCAGGGAGAGUGAGUGGCAGACAGGGCUCUAUUACCCAGAUACCCAUCCUCACCAUGCCCAACGACGACAUCACUCAUCCCAUUCCAGAUCUCACAGGCUACAUCACGGAGGGCCAGAUCUACAUAGACCGACAGCUACACAACAAGCAGAUCUACCCGCCAGUGAAUGUGCUCCCAUCUCUCUCCCGGCUCAUGAAGAGUGCGAUUGGAGAGGGCAUGACCAGAAAGGACCACCCUGAUGUGUCGAACCAGCUGUAUGCGAACUACGCGAUUGGGAAGGACGUGCAGGCGAUGAAGGCGGUGGUUGGGGAGGAAGCACUCUCCUCAGACGACAAACUCUACCUCGAGUUCCUUGACAAGUUCGAGGCCAAAUUUAUCUCUCAAGGAGCGUAUGAGAACAGGACGAUCCAGGAGAGUCUGGAGAUAGCGUGGUCGCUGUUAAGGACAUUUGGACCUCAUCUGCUCAAGCGAAUCAGUCAGAAGAUCCUGGACCAGUACUACCAGCGGAGCAAGUGAAGAGAAGAGAGAUUCAAAAAGGAACAACAACACAUGGACAGGAUGAAAUGAAAGAUCAACGUCGUCAAAGAAGAAAGAAGCAAAGGUUGCAGACCUGAACAGAACACCCAACUGCCGAAAGGAGGAGAUUAAAAAGAAAAAGAACUUGAUCAACUUGUUUUGAGUUAUUUCUCUCUGCUCCUCAGCUUAACUUCUCAUACGCCAUCCAUAAACCACCUCGUAGCCCCAACUAAAUUAAUACCCAUGAUUGAUGAAAAUCAGAUAGUUUGUACCCACGCAGCCGCAUUCUCUGAAUCUCAAACUAAUUAGAUCUGUUAAGGCAUUAAAUAGACAAAUUCGUCAAAAUGAAUGAAACCCAUGUCGUUUGGGAGGUUAAAACUUGUUAUUUUUUUUGAAGCAGUAAGCUAACAAUAUCCGAAAUACUUUCAGCAAAAGUCUUUCAAUGAACCAGAAAGAGUGAUUGCAUUAAAUAAUAAAGGAUGUAACGAAUUAGAAACAGAAAUGCUGGGAAGGAACUUUGCCGGCCUUGUAAAUGGUGAUCAGCCCCAACCCAACCCGGCCCCGUGACACACCAUCGAAUGAGAUAGCUGAUUCAAAUUAUCCAGAUCAAACGAACAAAGUUGAAAACUUAAAACAAUAAUUGAUGCGUACCAGAAUUAAUAUGGAAGUUUCACAAUAUGGAAACUUCGGACCCUAAUUCACAAUAAUACUCAUAAUAUGAUUGUUAAUAAUACAGAUAAUAAUGAUCAUACUACUAAUCAUGAUUACAUAAGCCAGCUAGCAAGCGUUUGCGAAUAGUAUGACUAUAUUUUUUCUACUUUUUACCAAUCUAACUGGCAAGUAAUGCUAAUGGAACACUGCUGUAAUGCGUAUUCUAACAUACUUCGGGCAACAAUCAGUUGAAAUUUCAAAAACAAUUGCUAAAAUUGCCAAAAAAUUGGCCACAGAAGAGCUAAAUCCAGAACUAAUGGAACCAUAUAAAGCAUGCAGAUUAAUACCCUUAGAUAAGAAUCCAGGGGUAAGACCCAUAGGCAUAGGAGAAGUUAUGCGUAGGAUAAUAGGGCGAACAAUAACUAAAUGCCUGAAAAACGAACUCAUGUCGCUCGGUUCAAACUACCAACUCUGCCUAGGACGAAAAUGUGGCAUUGAAUAUGCGAUCCACACGCUAAGAGAUCAAUACAGCAAAAAUUCCGCCGAUGCUAUUUUACUGAUAGAUGCCGAAAACGCUUUCAACUCGCUGAACCGAAAGCUGGCAUUAAAAAUCAUCGAGAACACCUGCCCUUCCCUUUUAACAGCGAUUAAGAACUCCUACUCCAAUCCAUCUAAACUAUUCGUUAACAAAAAAAACAAUCUACUCUCAAGAAGGGACAACCCAGGGGGAUCCACUAGCUAUGGCCAUGUACGGUCUAGCCAUAAUACCCCUCAUAAAACUCUUAUCAGUAGACGAUGUAACCCAGAAAUGGUACGCAGAGGACGGAAACGCAGUCGGUAAAUUAAGAAAUCUACGAACCGUCCUCGAUAAAAUUGUAUCACUGUUAAUAAUACAGAUAAUAAUGAUCAUACUACUAAUCAUGAUUACAUAAGCCAACUAGCAAGCGUUUGCGAAUAGUAUGACUCUAUUUUUUCAACUUUUUACCAAUCCAACUGGCAAGUAAUGAUAAUGGAACACUGCUGUAAUGCAGGAUCUGCUGCAUAAGAAAUUUUAAACUUCUCUCUGCUUUAUUGGUCGCUAGUGUUUGCUGCUCGGCAGUAGCACAGAGAAAAAGACGUCACAUUCUCAGGCUACUGGUUGAAGUGGCAUUUGCUGCAAAGCAUUGACAAUUUUUUACCAUCUGUCAUUCUUCAUUUUUUUGCUAGCUUAAGGAAAGUUUCAAUGGACUGUGACGUAGAUGCGAGAACGUGAGGCUUCAAAUUUCGAGGUCACAGGUUCAAGUCCAAUACAGGAGCAAAAUGAGAAAAGGUAGAAAUAAACCUCGAUGUAGUAAAACUUUGAUAUGAAAUGUUUUACUACUUGGAGGUUUAAUUAUACUUUUUCUCAUUUUGCUCAUGUUUGUCGUUUUCUGGCUCAUGUUUGCGAAGUGCAGCUUCGCCUCUGUAAAGUUAUUAUAAUAAUCUAAGUUUUAAGCUUAAUCUUAAUAUUUGUAACAAUAAUUAUUAUAAUCGUUAUCAUAAAAAUCACACUAAAUUGAAUUCAUUUUGUUUAAAGUCAACACAGUUGCCAAAAAUGCGCUUAGUUCUUUCACUUUUGUGCGUUUGAUCGAAAUAAAUUAAAUCAGGACUAUGGGUAUAAGAUGUCAUGGGAAAGUUUGAAGAAUGAAAUCAAUUUUAAACUAAACAAAAUGAAAUUAGGUUCAAAACUAUUUCUUGUUCAGAUGGCUCAUUGUGAGUUUUUACAACGUGCCAAGCCUGUGCUCUAACUUUUCCUUAGAUAUUCACUAAGAUUCAAGUGUAAUUCAAAAAGUUGGUUAGCAAUUUUAAAUUUUAUUGCGGUUGCUAUCGCGGUCGUGUGUCUGUCGUUGUUGUUUCGAGUUAUUCGGCUCAUUCGUGGGCGUCAUCGUAGGCAUAUCUUUCAUUCGGAAUAGCCGACAACCCAAAUUUUUCUUAAGUUCUCUCCUCUGAAUCUCGCCUGGUAUUUGUUGCAUGCAUUGUAUGUAUUUUAAUCUACCAAAAUUAAAACGUAAUGAUGAGCAAACUAACUGCCAAUGUAUUGCAAUAAAUUAUAGCUUGAAAUUUUACAACACAACACGUCAAAUGGGUUUGAAUCAAUCUAUUUAUUUUGUUUUGAGGUGCUGUUAUGUUACUUACGUUCAAACCAUCUCCUGGUAAUCACGGACUAAAGUGUAUGCUCAGAUGUGUAGCCAGUUUUUACGCUAGCGAGAAGUUAGUCUUUUAGUACGAACCUUCUUUUUCCAAUCAAACUUGCAAAUAAAAGUGCUCAUUAAAAGUGUUCACUUUGGGCCUUUUACUAUAAUCACGAUCUAUAGAAUUAGAAAUUUCAUAGCAUCUGUUCUCGGCUUUAUUUGUGGCUAGUGUUUGUGAAGGACUAAGCGUCCGUGGCUGAGUGGUAAAUACUUGAGACUCGUAAUUUCUAGGUUGUACGUUAAGUUGGUGAGGUCACCGAGUUUUAACUAAUUCUAGGCUUAUUUGUACGUUUUCCUAUUGCACGUUUUAGAACUCUAAAAGAUGAUUUUUGUGUUCUCGCUAGUGUUUGCGAAGCACAAAUUCGCCUCUAUGUAUAAAUUAUAUUAUCGAAAAAGAGUUGAGCUAAUUUAAAAUUGCAUGAUGAUCACGUAUCAAUGAGCUUCUAAUUCAUCACUUUUGAAUUCUAGCAGUAUUCAAAGCAGCUAUUUCAAACAAACUAUCAUUUGAUUAAGCGUCAAUGAAUAGUAGAGACACUUUUAAGUCAUGACCCUUUUUUAAUUUGUUUUCACGCCAAGUUGAUUUUCAAACUUCAAAAUGACUUCAAAUUUUUUGCCAGAAAUAAGGCAAAGUACGCUCUUCAAGUAAGUAAGUGGAAACGGCGCGAAAAAACAUGAGUGACCUCUAGUCUCGAAAGGGGAUUUCCCAGCGCAUUAAAAUAUAACCCAUUCAUCUAGUUCUCUAUUGGGCUCGUUUCUAAAACUAUUUGCUACCUAUGUUUGUAGAUUUGCACUCAGCAUUUUGUAUAUUUAUCGACUUCAUGCAUUUUAACAAGUAUUUUUUGUAAAAUAAGUGAUAAGAAGAACAUCAGAAAGUAAUAAUCAGAAUGAUAA